UUGUAUAAUAAUAAUAGGAUAAUAGUAAUUGUGAAAACAGUUGUGUUUUGCGUACUGUUGAUAAAAUUACUGAAUUUAAUAGUUUAUAUAUUGUUUUAAUAAAUAAUUCACAAUGUACGAGGAAGAGGAGGCAAAUGGCGAGCAGGCUGAGGAUGAAGAAAUCUCCUCUAAACUGUGGCAGGAAGCCUGUUGGAUUGUUAUUAAUGCCUACUUCAACGAGAAAGGUCUUGUACGACAGCAAUUGGACAGUUUUGAUGAAUUUAUUGAAAUGACAAUUCAGAGGAUUGUCGAAGAUUCACAACAAAUAGAACUACAGGCUGAAGCUCAACAUAAUUCAGGAGAAAUUGAAAAAUCCGCAGUUCACAUAUUAAAAUUCGAGCAAAUUUAUUUAUCAAAGCCCACUCAUUGGGAAAAAGAUGGUGCUCCAUCACCCAUGAUGCCUAAUGAAGCGAGACUUCGAAAUUUAACUUAUUCCGCUCCUUUAUACGUUGACAUUACAAAAAGUGUUACAAAAGAUAAGGAUUCCAAAGAAGAAGCAGCAACCAAAUCUCAACUUCAAAAGGCAUUCAUUGGCAAAAUGCCUAUUAUGUUAAGAUCAAAGUAUUGUUUACUCAACAGUUUGGUGGAUCGUGAUUUGACUGAAUUGAACGAAUGUCCUUUGGAUCCUGGUGGAUAUUUUAUUAUUAACGGAUCAGAAAAGGUUCUUAUUGCACAAGAGAAAAUGGCAACAAACACAGUUUAUGUAUUUAGUAUGAAAGACGGAAAAUAUGCUUACAAAGCUGAAAUUCGUUCUUGCUUGGAACACAGUUCCCGACCAACAUCUACCCUUUGGAUUAAUUUGAUGGCAAAGAGCGCUACGAGCAUCAAAAAAUCAACAAUUGGACAGCGAAUAAUAGCAAUCAUUCCCUACAUCAAACAGGAAAUUCCCGUGAUGAUUGUAUUCCGUGCCUUUGCUUUCGUAGCCGAUCGUGAUAUUUUAGAACACAUUAUUUACGAUUUCGAUGAUCCAGAAAUGAUGGAAAUGGUAAAACCAUCUCUCGACGAGGCAUUCUCGAUUCAAGAGCAAAAUGUCGCUUUAGAUUUCAUAGGCGCUCGAGGUGCAAAAGCCGGUGUGAAAAAAGAUAAUCGUAUUAAAUACGCAAGAGAAAUUCUUCAAAAAGAAAUGUUACCUCACGUUGGUGUCAGUGAUUUUUGCGAAACAAAAAAAGUUUACUUCCUUGGUUACAUGGUUCACAGACUUCUAUCAGCCGCUCUUGGUAGACGUGAACUCGACGAUCGUGAUCACUACGGUAAUAAACGUCUAGAUCUCGCAGGUCCCUUACUUGCACUUUUAUUCCGAGGUUUAUUUAAAAAUCUCAUGAAGGAAGUUCGAAUGUACGCACAAAAGUUCAUUGACAGAGGAAAAGAUUUUAAUCUCGAGCUGGCUAUCAAGACUAAAACAAUAACGGACGGUUUGAGAUAUUCAUUGGCCACUGGAAAUUGGGGAGAUCAGAAGAAGGCCCAUUUGGCGAGAGCCGGUGUCUCUCAGGUGUUGAAUAGAUUGACAUUCGCUUCGACAUUGUCUCACUUGAGAAGAGUGAACUCGCCGAUUGGGCGUGAUGGUAAAUUGGCGAAACCACGUCAGCUUCACAAUACCCUGUGGGGAAUGUUGUGUCCCGCUGAGACUCCAGAAGGUGCCGCCGUCGGUCUUGUCAAGAAUUUAGCUUUGAUGGCCUAUAUUAGUGUCGGCUCGCAACCUUCACCGAUCUUGGAGUUCUUGGAGGAGUGGUCCAUGGAGAACUUGGAGGAAAUUGCGUCGAGUGCCAUUGCCGAUGCGACGAAAAUUUUCGUAAAUGGCUGUUGGGUUGGUAUACAUCGAGAUCCGGAUCAUUUGAUGGCUACGCUGAGAAAAUUGAGAAGAGAGAUGGACGUCAUUGUGUCUGAGGUUUCGAUGAUUAGAGACAUCAGGGACAGGGAGAUUCGAAUUUACACGGAUGCGGGGAGAAUUUGUCGACCUCUGUUAAUUGUGAAUGGACAGAAUCUUGUGUUGAGACAGUCGCACAUUAAGAUGUUGAAGGAGAAGGAGUAUGACGGUUGGCAAGCGUUGGUGUUGAGUGGUGUUGUUGAGUAUAUCGAUACACUGGAGGAAGAGACUGUGAUGAUUGCAAUGUCGCCUGAUGAUCUGAGACAGGAAAAGGAAUAUGCCUACUGUACGACGUAUACGCAUUGUGAAAUUCAUCCGGCGAUGAUUCUUGGUGUUUGCGCUUCGAUCAUUCCAUUCCCUGAUCACAAUCAAAGUCCGAGAAAUACUUAUCAAAGUGCUAUGGGUAAACAGGCCAUGGGUGUUUAUAUUACGAAUUUCCACGUGCGGAUGGACACUUUGGCUCACGUUUUGUAUUAUCCACAUAAGCCGCUUGUCACGACACGAUCUAUGGAGUAUCUUAGGUUCAGAGAACUUCCGGCUGGAAUCAACAGUAUUGUUGCUAUUUUGUGUUAUACGGGGUACAAUCAAGAGGACAGUGUCAUCCUGAACGCCAGUGCUGUCGAGAGAGGAUUUUUCAGAUCCGUUUUCUAUCGGUCUUAUAAGGAUUCCGAGUCGAAACGAAUGGACAAUCAGGAGGAGCAGUUCGAGAAGCCAACACGACAAUCGUGCCAAGGAAUGCGAAAUGCAAUUUAUGACAAAUUGGAUGAUGAUGGUAUAAUUGCGCCUGGUAUUCGUGUCUCUGGUGAUGAUGUCGUCAUUGGAAAGACGAUAACUUUGCCUGAAACUGAUGACGAGUUGGACAGUACGACGAAACGUUUCACGAAGAGAGAUGCCUCCACUUUUCUGCGUAAUAGUGAAACUGGUAUUGUGGAUCAAGUGAUGUUGACGCUGAACAGCGAAGGAUACAAAUUUUGUAAAAUCAGAGUACGAAGUGUUCGUAUUCCACAAAUUGGAGAUAAGUUUGCCUCACGUCACGGACAGAAAGGAACGUGUGGUAUUCAGUACAGACAAGAAGAUAUGCCCUUCUCCUGCGAGGGACUCACACCUGAUAUUAUCAUCAAUCCUCACGCUAUUCCAUCUCGUAUGACAAUUGGCCAUUUGAUCGAGUGCAUUCAAGGAAAAGUUUCCGCCAAUAAAGGUGAAAUCGGUGACGCUACACCAUUCAACGAUGCUGUCAACGUACAAAAAAUUUCAACACUCUUACAAGAAUACGGUUAUCAAUUGAGAGGAAACGAAGUAAUGUAUAAUGGUCACACUGGAAGAAAGAUUAACGCUCAAGUUUUCUUGGGUCCAACUUAUUAUCAACGUUUGAAGCACAUGGUGGACGAUAAAAUUCACAGCAGAGCAAGAGGUCCAGUUCAGAUUUUAGUCAGACAACCCAUGGAGGGAAGGGCAAGAGAUGGGGGAUUACGUUUUGGAGAGAUGGAACGUGAUUGUCAAAUUUCUCACGGAGCAGCACAAUUUUUGCGCGAACGUCUUUUUGAAGUUUCGGAUCCGUACAGAAUUCAUGUUUGCAAUUUCUGCGGUUUAAUUGCCAUUGCAAACUUAAGAAACAACACUUUCGAGUGCAGAGGCUGUAAAAACAAGACACAAAUAUCUCAAGUCAGGCUUCCUUAUGCUGCUAAACUUCUUUUCCAAGAAUUGAUGGCUAUGAAUAUUGCUCCUCGCCUCAUGGUUACUUAAAAAUAAUUUAGUGUAAAUUUUCUUUUCUUUUUUUUUUAAUCACGGUGAUUUUAAAGUGCAAAGAAAAUCCCGUUUGUUUUCUGACCAUAUUUGUAUUUAUGAUACAAGUUUUUCUUUAAUGUUUCGCGUGAUCAAGACUUUCGAUACUCGAAUUAAAGAUACUUUUUUUAUAAGUUGUACUUUCAAUUCUUAUAUGAAUCGGCAAUAAUUAAUCGUUGAAUGGAAGUUAGUUGAAAUUGGUGAGGUGCAUAUUUAAUGAGAUAUUUUUAAUAAGUUAGAUUUAAUCUAUGUAGAUUGUAAAUCAAUAAAACGCAGCGUCUUUAUAAUAA